GUGCGACUUUUGAUUGUCGAAGACUUGUCGCGAGACGUCGUCGAGACACUGGGGGCUCACUACGACGUGGAUCCCCUUUUCUUCCUCUCUCACAUCAGCGACUACCUCUUUCACAACGUUCGGGAUCGAUGGGCCGAGCUACCCAGUCUCGAGAUAGAUGCCCGCAAUCGAACGCACUUCAACCUGCAAUACCUACGGCCGCGGUACUUCCAAACAGAGGAUGAAUUCACGCAGGCUGAGAAGGACAGCGGAAACUUCAAUGUCCUGCGCCGUUUGGACAGUGAUCGAAGUCGACAAUUGCACAUGGGAACUCUGUUUGGAAAGGAAGGGGCCAGUGUUGCAUUGAGCCGAGCGAAAACCUCUCUAUGGAUCAAGCCGAAAACGGUUAAUGGUGUAGUCACAGCCAUCCUUCUUGUCGACCCCACCGUUGGGACGGGAAGCCCUCUUUGGCACGGAUACCGACCUUUCACCAACACACCGUCCAUGGAGUCGAUGCGGAACAACUCCGAGUCUCAUACCAGCCCCUCUCAAAACAAUCUCUACGAGAACAUCAUCUAUUGGAGCACACGUAUGACCCCUGAAGACAUUGCCCGCGUGCACGAGGAUCCGCGAUCAAUCGCAUUGCCGAUGUACCGCUUGGUAGUCGCUGACUGGCUCGUGGUUCUCACGUACAUGACUGCGAUGCUCUUCGACAUCGAUUGGGCCAUCGUGAAACCCCACUGGGCCAAGAAUAAUCUCGACAGGAUCGACAAGCUCCUCGACCGUCUCUCACCAUGGAAUCGCAACAUGAGCUGCUACAAGAAUAUGAUAUCGGAGAGUGUCGCGCGGCUUUUCCCUGAAACUGAGGAGGGCCAAAAUAGUGCCCUGCAUAGGUCGCCUACUUCGACUCCACUGUUACCAUCAUCUUCGCCUCUCAUGUGUCUGUGGCCGGAUUUCCGAAAAGUCGCGCAGCAAAUGGCCGCCGUUCAGCUGCGCAUGACCAGAGUCCAGACCAUGGUUACGGACGCCAUUACCAACGAAGAAGCACACCAAGCCGUCGAACAGAACAGGGAGCUGGCUCGCCUUACCGUCCUCGCCGCCAUCUUCAUUCCAUUAAGCUUCACGGCCAGUUUUUUGAGCAUGUCGCCCGACUUCUUCAAUGCUACGCAGACAAUCUGGCUGUUCUUUGUCCUAGGAGUGCCUGUCACCGUUGUGGCCCUG